AUAACCUGUGCGUGCCUGUGCGUGAUCUGUCUGCGUUGUGCUUUUUGCUGAUAGCAAGGUGCCAUAUAUCUUAUAAGAAUAUUGAAAAUGUUAAAAACCUAAUCAAUUGUAAUUAUCAUUAUUGCAACUAUAAAUCAUCUAUUCAAAGUAUUGUUUCAUUAAUUGCGAUUCUCUAUGAUUGUUAUGAGAAUCAGCAUUUAGUAUUAGCAUUUAAUUUGAUUGGUUAUUGAAAAACAGAACUGUGAAAUAUAUAAAAGGUGUGUAGUAUUAUAAAAACAAAUUUUAAUAAUGCUUUUGUAAUAAAAUGAUAGAUUUAAUUUCAUCAAAAAACAAUGUUUUUAUAUGGAGUGCUGAAGAUUGGUUAAAACUUCGAAAACAUCAUAGAAUUGUUGGUGAAUUAAUAGGUUGCCUUCCUAAAAAACCUAGGCAAGAUAUACUUUCGGGUCUUCCAUUACUUCUACAACCAGAAGAAGUAUCUCUUUUGCUUGAAAAAAACAUAGCCCAGCUCAUUUAUUAUCCGUGUCUUCAAAAACCACCAACUGAAUCAUUAAAACAAGCUUUUGAAAAAUAUAGAAACACAUUAUUUGUAGAACAAGAAGAAUGUUUAAGGAAUGAGAGAAAAAAACAGGUAAUCAGUAUGAUGGAUAAGAUUGUAGAGGGAAAGAAACGAAAAAUACUUGGAAUACAAACAAGGAAGAAAAAAGCGAAAAAGCCAUUAGAUCCAAAAAUGGAAGAAGCUCUUAACAAUAUUGAAAUAAAUAGACAAGAAUUGUUGGAAGAGGAAAUGGCAAAAAUACCUAAACUAGAUAAGACUGAUGCUCUCAUUCAAACUCAUACAGUAUAUCCAUGGACAAAUAAAAAUGAAGUUGAAAUAGUAGAAUGGAAGUAUCCUAGCAAUCCUAAAGAACAACUUCGAUAUUAUACCUAUAAGGAUCUUUGGGAAAAGGGAUACUUCGUAACAAGUGGUGAGAAAUUUGGAGGAGAUUUUUUAGUAUACCCUGGUGACCCUAUUAUGUUCCAUUCUCAGUUUAUAGUCCACUGCAAGGACAGAAAUGAAGAAUUUCCAAUAACCGAACUUUCAGCUCAAUGUCGUAUUGCAUGGCAUGUUCGAAAAACACGUGUAUACGCAUUUUUCUCUAGGGAUCAAAAUAAUAUUAUAUAUCAAUCAUUUCAGUGGGCAGAAAGUAAAAUACUUGAAAAUGGAUAAUAUUCUUCAGUUUGGUACAAUUUUGUAAAAGAAAUAAAGUAUGAGAAUUUUAUUGUU